AGAACCUGCCUUCUGGCUCAGAAAUUGGCAUAAUAUAUGUUCAAGACAAAGACUCUACGUCUAACGGUGAUAUUAAAUGCUCCAUAGAACAACAGGUACCGUUCAAAUUAGUCCCAUCUGUCAAAAGUCACUUUGCAUUGGUUACUACAACCGAGCUGGAUCGCGAGAGACGGCAGAGUACAACAUAUCUUUGACUGCUACAGAUGGAGGCGCUCCUACGCUCUUUUCGUCUAAAACCUUUCACUUGAGUGUGGCUGAUGUAAAUGACAACGCACCUAUUUUUGAAAAACAGCUAUAUAGUGCUCACGUAGCAGAGAACAAUAAACCUGGUUCUUCGGUUUUAUCAGUCACCGCAACAGACACGGACUGGAGACAGAAUGGCACUGUUGUUUAUUCUCUGUUUUCUUCUGAUGUCAACAAUGGCGCACCGGCUUCAUCCUUUUUAUCCAUUAACGGAGACACCGGCGUCAUUCAUGCCGUGAGAUCAUUUGAUUAUGAGCAGCUGAAAAGUUUUAAAGUCCUCGUGUUAGCCAGAGAUAACGGUUCUCCCCCUCUGAGCAGUAACGUGACUGUGAGUGUCUUGAUAACGGAUGAGAAUGACAACACCCCUCAGAUAUUAUACCCAUCUCCUGAUGGAAACUCCUUCAUGACCGAGAUGGUACCCAAAACUGCUCAGGCGGGCUCCCUGGUGUCCAAGGUGAUUGCCGUCGACGCAGAUUCUGGACAGAACGCGUGGCUCACCUAUCACAUUAUUAAAGCGAGUGAUCUCGGACUUUUCACCAUCGGUGUCACAGUGGUGAAAUCAGGACACAGCGAGACCUUUCUGAGUCUGACAGUAUGAAACAAAACAUUAUUGUCUCUGUGAGAGAUAACGGACAGCCCGCUCUCUCUGCAACGUGCGCAUUGUAUUUACUUGUAUCAGACAAUUUGGCUGAAGUUCCAGAACUGAAAGACAUGUCUCAUGAC